UCAUGCUUGCGCUCGUGAUGAUACUGGUGCCGGUGGUUCCAGUACAGCUGCUCAUGCUACCAGUACUACUCCUGCUGCCACUGCCUUUGGUGGAAGCCUUUCGACGCAAGGCGUUGCAUUCUGCGGUAGCGGCGGGUACGGAAACCGGAUGAACCAAGCUGCCGUCAACAGACCGACCCAGGCAGCAAGUGCCGGUAGUAGUUCCAGUACGGCUGUCAAUGGUACGAGUGUUGCUCCUGCUGCCACGGCCUCUGUUGGAAGCCUUCCGACGCAAGCCAUUGCAUUUCGCGGUCGUAGCAGGUACGGAAACUGGAUGGACCAAUCCGCCGCCAACAGACCGACCCAGGCAGCCAGUGCCAGUGGUACCAAUACGGCUGUCAAUGCUGCCGGUGUUGCUCCUGCUGCCACUGCCUUUGGUGGAAGCCUUUCGACGCAAGGCGUUGCACUUCUCCGUGGCGGCGGGCACGGGAACGAGGUGAACCACUCCAGGGUCAACAGACCAACCGCCAGUGCCAGUGUCUCCAACACAGCUACCAUUGCCCCCAGUGGUGCUCCUCCUGCUACCACGGCCUGGAUGAACCAAGCCGCCGUCAACAGACCGACUCAAGCAGCAAAUGUCAGUGGUUCCAGUACGGUUUCCAAUGCUACAAGUGUUCCCACCACUGCCUUAGUUGGAAGCCUUUCGACGCAAGGCGCCGAAUUUCGUGGUGGUGGCGGGCACGGGAACAGGGUGGACCCACCCGCCGUCAACAGACCGACACAGACUGCCAGUGCCCGUGGUUCAAAUACGGCUGUCAAUUCUACCGGUGUUGCUCCUGCUGCCACUGCCUUUGUUGGAAGCCUUUCGACUCAGGGCUUUGCAUUUCGUGGUGCCGGUGGGCACGGGAAUAGGGUGGACCCACCCGCCGUCAACAGACCAACACAGACUGCCAGUGCCCGUGGUUCUAUUACGGCUGUCAAUCCUACCGGUAUUGCUCCUUCUGCCACUUCCUUUGUUGGAAGCCUUUCGACGCAAGGCGUUGCAUUUCGUGGUGUCAGCGGGAACAGGAACACGGUGGACCCACCCGCCGUCAACGCGCCGCAAGCACCUGCCAUCGUUGCUGUCUGCGAAGUCAUUGACAGACCGGGAUACAACAAGGGAAACAGGUGCUUGGUCAUCCCGGACGAGAGCUGCGUAGCAACGAGGUUCCUCCUGAUCGAACCCCGCAUGCCAAGUCUCCGCUUGGCCAAUGGUGACUUGGCGGCCGCCGCGGCAACCCGGUACGCCAGCAUUCACCCCGCCCUAUAGCGUCAUCGCCAACGAAUGACAUCCGUGAUCCCGACCAUGAAGGCCGGGAUUGGUACCGAUGUCCAUGCGGCACUGUCGGCGGGCAGUGGCGGCGGUGGGCCACAGGGUAGCCAGUAAUAUAGUACGCUGCGUAGUAAUCUAGCUGUGGACAUAAGCGGGACUGUUGCGAGGUAGGGGUGCACGGCGUUAGGCGCAACGCAUGUUGGCCAACGUGCCUCGACUUCCAUCAUCCGUGGAAACCACGAUUCUUGGCAUAUGAUUUGUGCUUUUUCGUCGAUCGUCCUGGCCUGUCGGUUUGGUGUGGUUGCCUCCCCCCUGCUGACCCUCGAGCUCAUGCGGAAUUUUUUUCUUCGAUGUUCCAUUUGUCGAAGCUGGAGGUGGCAGUAUUUGGCUCGGGGGCCAUUGCAAGAUAACGGCGUCUUAGACCGUACAUGCAUAAUAUAGUCUAAACUCGUCCAACUUGUUGCCGGUGUUGCAGGAAAGAUUUGCGGGGAAGGUUAGUGUUUUACUAUCUACGUUGUAGCAAGUAGGAAGAACAGCAAGGAGGGGAUUGGUCAAGCGCUCAUUCGGCACGCUAGAGGAGAGUCUCCGAUGUCAAGGAAAGCGUUGGCAAACUUCGUUCUUUCCCCAUCUGCUAUUUUCAUUUGAAAAGGACGUUUUGUCAAUGAUCAACCUAUUUUAACGCG